AUGACACCAGGUGAUACUCGUUGGGGAUCACAUUUCAAAACAUUAGAUAACUUUAUUAUUAUUUUCUCAACUAUUGUUCAUGUGCUUGAAGUGAUUAAACAUGAAGGUUCCACCUCAAGUGAUAGAAAUCAAGCAAAAUAUCUUUUGACUGAGAUUAAAACAUUCAAAUUUGUUUUUAUGUUUCACUUGAUGUUGAAAGUGUUGGCAAUGUCAAAUGAGUUGAGCAAAAUUUUACAAAAAAAGGAUCAAGAUAUUAUUAAUGUCGUGGAGUUUCUUAACAUUGCAAAAGAAAGACUGCAAGAUAUGAGGGAAACUGGAUGGAGGCCUUUGUUGGAUGAUGUUUCCUCAUUUUGUGAUGCACAAGAUAUUUUGAUUCCCAAGUUAGAUGAGUCUUAUUUUCCUGGAAAGUCAAAGCGUAAGUCUUUUGGUGUUUGUUAUUCACAUCACUUGCGUAUUGAAAUCUUUUGUGCUGUGAUUGAUGUGCAACUUCAAGAGCUUAAUGAUCGCUUUGAUGUAGCGAGUAGUGAUUUGCUUCUUGGGAUGGGUAGCUUGAAUCCUAUCAAUUCUUUUGCUAAUUUUGAUAAAGGUAGAAUCAUGACUUUAGCAAAGUGUUACCCAAAUGAGUUUGAUGAACUACAGAUUCGAGAUUUGAGUUACCAACUCGAUACUUUCAUAUUUCAUAUGCGAAGUGGUAAUCCCAAGUUCUCCAACUUGCAAGGAAUUCGUGAUUUGGCAAAAGCAUUAGUUGAGGCAAAUCUUGUGGAUACUUAUUCACUUGUUUAUUUACUUGUGAAAUUAACUCUGAUCUUACCUGUUGCUACCGCAACUGUGGAGAGAGCAUUCUCAUCCAUGAAGCGGAUAAAAAAUGAAGUGCGAAAUAGCAUUGGUGAUCAAUAUUUGAAUGAUUGUUUAGUUUGUUACAUAAAGCGUGAUGUAUUCACAAAUGUAAGUAAUGAUGUCGUCAUUGAUCAUUUUCAGAAGAUGAAACCUCGUCGAGGACAAUUGUAA